AUGUCCCCCUCCAACACGAGAGCUGGAUUUCUGGGUAAGCUGGUUCCUCCUCCAGAGCCAGGCUGUGUUCUCUGCCCUACGAGACCCGCGAACAAUCCGGUCAUCAUCGCAGAAUGUUCUUGCUCGUGUAUUGGCAAUUUCACCUACUGUUACGACUGUAUCAAAGGUUGGUCGAUGUCAAAUAAUGGCUGUCCAGUUUGUGGCGAUACUCUCUGGGCUGAAGAAGAAAGCAGUUCCGACGACGAUGACUUGACAGAGGAACAGCAAAGUGUUUUCGACAACACGAACUAUGCUGAUGACGUGACUCAGGCAACCAUUUUUGACAACGGUAACGGUAACAGUGCUGACGAAGACAGCAGUGACGAUGACUGCGAUGACGAAGAGUUCGAUUACGAAGACCGCAAUGGCGAAGAAAACAAUGGCUUGGAUGCCCUGUUGAAGAAUCUCUCCACUUUCGGAAUGCUGACGCUUUUGAUGUCAGGUCAUCGCUAUCACAUCCCAAUGGAUGUAAGACCCGGCCAAACGUAUCUUACCUUCAACGGCACCGACACUCCCGACCAAGACCAUAACUUCCUCGAACGCUACCACGCUUGGCGCGAAACAAGUCGACCAGUCACCUUCGACACUCCAAGUCGCUCCAUCGAGGAGAACAUCCUCUGUGAGUGGGUCGUCAAGCAAAGCGGCCUUCACCUGCAAGAACAGGAGGGAUACUACCGUGCUCAUAAGGAUGAAGCGUUGAGCUGGGCAAUUCUCGUCUCAACAACUGUUGAGUGUCUCCGCAAGAUGGAUUGUGAGAAAUUCGACGGACGCAUUUCACUGUGGUUUCGCUUCUCAGAAGUUCUUCUAAAGGCACUGAGCACGCGUACCUCAGCCUUUGAGAUCUUUACUGACGCCACCAAAGGUGGACUGACCAGUACUUUCCCAAAGCGUGAGACAUGGACUGCUCCGCAGCACUUUUUCUGGUCCUUGGUCAACGGAGUUGGAAGCGAGGCGGCGAACGUUUUGGAGUUCGUUCAUGCAUUGGGUUGUGAAUAGAGUGUGCUAACUCCAUCACUUGUGCAGGCACAGUGACGGACAUACUAGGAUAGCAUCCUGAUUUUUUCGUGUGAUUUUCGGCAAUGGAAUUGUAUUUUGCGAACUCGUCUCUUCUGUUUCAUAAUGUUAGCAUCUACUUUCGUAUACUUGUGAAUUCCUGGCGCCUAUGCAGCGUCUGAUCAAAUGUAGCGUGUAGUCAAUAGUUGCCGCGUAAAGUAGAACAAUUGUCUGAAAUGGCGCGACGUGAAUGGCUGUGCUGAUGGGCACACUUCUGCAAAAUCUGGCAUGGUCGUAAGAGUCCGGUGCGUCCAAGAUUUGACCUUUCUGCUAAGCCAGGAUGUAUGGCCAAGAAGCCUGUCGAUCCUUGCGUUCGAAGUGUGGCUCAUUCCAGAA